AUGUUUGUAACAAGUUUCAGUUACUUUUUACUCUUUGUUAUUUUAUGUAAAUCAUCGUGUGAAGAUUUCAAUCUAUAUGGAGAAGCUGGACAAGCUUAUGCAUUGGAAAUUGAAAUUGGACAUCCUCCUCAAAAGCUUAAUGUUUUAGUUGACACUGGAAGCACAACAUUGGCCAUAGCUUCUUAUCCUAGAAAGGACAGCAACAAAUAUUUUAAUUCCGAAAACUCUAGCAGUAUAUUCCUAAGUGGCAAAGAAGUUGAAGCCAAAUAUUCUCAAGGUACCUGGAUUGGACAAUUGGUAUUUGACUAUGUAAAGUUUCCAUCAAUAACCUCUAUACCAGAAGUGACUUGUGAACUAGCACUAAUCAAAGUUAGCCAUAAAUUCUUUAUGAAUGGUUCUGGAUGGCAGGGACUUCUAGGAUUAGCAUACCUACCAGUAGGUGCGUGGGGUGACAAUGUCAUUGUAGGCUCCUGGCUGGACUCAAUAGAAAAAAGUUUGGGCAAAGCCAUGUCUUUCCAACUUAAAUUGUGUGGUGUUAAGAGCCAAACAAACGCCACACAUUAUGGAAAGUUUGAAAUGCUUGAUGACACUAUGGGAUCUACAAAUCCUAUAAUAUAUAGGACACCAAUAUUACAUAAAAGAUGGUACGAAGUUGGUGUUCUAUCAAUCCGUGUAUUACAAGCAAGAAGUCCAAAUGCAACAAAAGCUAUGGAUAAUACAACAAGUGACAGCGAUCAUUAUAAAGAUAUGUGUUUAAAUCUUAACAAAGAGAAAAGCAUUGUAGACAGUGGAACCACUAAUAUCAGAUUGCCAGAUGUGGUGUUUAGAGAGGUUGUUAAUGAACUAAGAAGUGCAGCACAAACAUCUAAUAUAUUAAUUUUAGAUGAAUUUUGGUAUCAUGGAGAGGCGGCAUGUUGGCCCGAGCCUCAAGACUGGUCGUUGCCCUUAAUAGGGAUCGACCUUCUAAGCACUGAAGCAGAUAACAAAUAUUUCACCCUGGAAAUACCUCCUCAGAAUUUCAUGAGAGUUAUAACAGCUCGAAACAACAGCGGUGAAGGUGGUAGUGUGUCUGAAUUCUGCUACAAAUUAGGCCUCGAAGCCGGUAGAGAUGAAACUGUUCUAGGAUACACUGCUAUGGAAGGAUUGGAGGUACUUUUCAAUAGGUCGUCCGGUUGGAUAGGCUGGCGUUCCUCCAACUGUGGUCCUAACGCACGUAUAACAGGUCCAUAUAAUUAUUCAUCAUCUUUUCUAACAUUAUGUCAGUUAACUAAGAAUGUUGAAGACACAGAAGUUACUAUAAAAGCAGCUCAAUGGGCUUUGUGUGGGUUUUCUGUUAUAGCAGCGGCAGUUUUAAUAUAUUUACUAGCACCUGUUAUUAGGAUGGUCCUAGUACGGCCAUUGCCGAGAUCUCAACAAAUAUCUUUGUCUCAAGCUGCCUUAGUCGAACAGGAAACU